AUGAAAAGAAACAACCAAUUGGCCGCCUUUGGGCCAUAUGUAUGCAUCAGUACUGCCAGUUCACUUUUGAUCAUGACUCACUGCCUCUUCAGCAAGCGUAGGCCUCCCGACGCUCCUCGUUCGGGUGACAGGGCCCGCAGGGUUCUCCCAGUGGUCGCCGCAAUUUUAGCAUGUGGCCAGACUUGUGCGGCCUGCAAAUCCGGUUUUCAUUUGGGCGUUCACUCCGACAUGCCAGUCGAUUAUGUCUAA